AUGAGUUCCAUAGAAAUAGAAUCAUCAGAUGUAAUCCGACUUAUUCUUCAGUUCUUGAAGGAGAAUAAUCUUCAAAAUACGUAUGCGGCAUUGCAGGAGGAAUCAACCAUAGCGCUCAACACAGUUGAUUCGGUUGAAUCCUUCAUGGAAGAACUCAUUCAAGGUCGUUGGGACGUUGUUCUUCGCACAGUUUCUAAUCUGAAGAUUCCGCAACGUAAACUCGUAGAUCUUUACGAACAGAUUGUAUUGGAAUUAAUAGAAAUGAGAGAACUUGGAGCAGCAAGAACUUUGUUGAGACAGACAGAUCCAAUGCAAUUUUUAAGAGAUCAUUACUCGGAGAGAUAUUUGCAUCUGGAGCAUUUACUAUCGAGAACUUGGUUUGAUCCGAAAGAGGCAUAUCCACCCGGUAUGACAAAGGAAAAACGUCGCCAAAUAAUAGCGCAAGCUCUUUCGACCGAAGUAACAGUAGUAGCACCAUCAAGGCUUCUCGCACUGCUUGGACAAGCUUUAAAAUGGCAACAGCAUCAAGGCCUUCUGCCGCCAGACUCCGCAUUUGAUUUAUUUCGUGGGUCGGCACCGACGUCCAAGGCUGAAGACGACACUGAGCCGACGAGAUGUUAUACUACAAUAAAGUUUCCCAAAAAACAACACGCAGAAUCCGUGGCAUUCUCCCCUGAUGGACAAUAUUUUGUGACUGGCAGCGUUGAUGGGUUCAUUGAAAUUUGGAAUUAUAUGACGGGAAAAUUAAGAAAAGACUUUAAGUAUCAAGCCGAGGACAAUCCAAUGUUAAUGGAGCACCCUGUUCUGUGCUUAGAUUUUAGCCGAGACAGUGAGAUGUUAGUCACGGGCGCGCAAGAUGGAACGAUUAAAGUCUGGAAGGUUGCAACGGGUCAAUGCACCCGCCGCUUUUCUCCGGCUCACAGUCAAGGCGUUACGGCAGUGUGUUUCAAUCGUGAUGGUAGUCAAGUGUUGAGUUCCAGCUUCGAUCACACUGUAAGGAUACACGGUUUGAAAUCAGGUAAAACGCUUAAAGAAUUUCGCGGACAUUCGUCGUUUGUUAACGAUGCUAUCUUCUCUUAUGAUAUGUCCCGAGUUAUUAGCGCAAGCAGUGAUGGAACUGUAAAGAUAUGGGAUGCAAAAUCAACAGAAUGUCUCCACACAAUAUGUCCACAGGUUGGACAGGCAUCAGCAACAAUAUCUGGUGGUAGCACAAUUAACUGCGUCAUUCAAAUGCCUAAGAACAUGGAUCAAGUCAUCGUGUGUAGUAAGAGUCCUACGUUGUAUCUUAUGACUGUCAGAGGACAGAUUAUUAAAACAUUUACAUCAGACAAAAAGCCUAGCGCCGACUUCGUCGCUUGUACUGUAUCUCCGCAGGGUGACUUCAUUUAUUGUAUUACUGAAGAUUCUAAUUUAUGCUGCAUCAAUGUUCAGACUGGAAAGAUGGCUACAACAUUAAAGCUAAGUGAAGCAGAAGUUAUUGGAUUGGCACAUCAUCCAUUCAGUAAUAUUCUUGCAUCUUAUGCUGAUGAUGGCAUAAUUUCGUUCUGGAAACCAUAA